AUGGACUGCGCUCCAGAAGCGAUCGACCCGGCGUCAUCAACGGAGCACCUCCCGUCAGAGCUAUGGCUUGCGAUAUUUAGACACGCCACUUCCAUAGAACGGUUUUUUGAUUCGAGAUGGUGGGACGGUUUCGUCGAUGCAUUCGAGGACGCGGAUAAGCAUCCCAAAGACGCAUUCAACGCUUUCACAGAGUCUUUGCGCACCAGGAAGACGAUUUCACUUGUUUGCCGUUCUUGGAAUCACCUCAGCUCUCGCUUCCUGUUUGCCCACCUCGUCGUCCGGCGUCUUAGUCAAUUGCGGCCUCUCGUCCACAUGCUUGAGCGCUCGCACGAUGAAGCCGUAGCAGACGGACGCUCAAAUGGAAUAGGGUGGUGGAUAACUCACAUCAACCUUAUUGUCAUGGACUACAAACCCGUACGCGGGCGGACAGUGUUGGAUUUGGUAUCGUAUGACGCUAACUGCGGUGACGUCAAUUCACUCAUCGUGCAGUAUUUACGGAGACUAUUGGCAUGCUGCCCACGAUUAGAGAUCCUUUUGGAUGCCACCCAUACGAACGGGCUAGCAAAUGACCACACUCCACUCCGAUCAUUGGAAUGGAAUUACGGGGGACCCGCCGUAGAUGACCUCAUCGCCAAUCCCGAAGUUGUGAAUCAUCUCCGAUCACUCCGAUGUUACACCAUACAUGACUCAGAAGCGAGAAUUAAUUUUUCCCCAGCAGAGCUACCAAAUCCGCCUUCCUUAUCGAUCAUUUUACUCCCUUUCAUGAAUCUCACUUCCCUCGACCUGUGUAUAUCGCAACAAAAUCACGCCCACCUAUCCCUCCUAUCCUGUACCGAUCUCCCGUCGAUUGCCUAUUUUACUAUCCGGACCGCUCAACCAAUCGGAAUUCUUGUUGGCUCAAAUGCCAUUCUGGCACUGCAAUCGUUUUUUGCUUCACACGGGCACAAGCUCCUCUCUCUCGACCUUCGCAUCUGUCCCGGAGAUAUUCCACCACCUCGGUCUACGACGUUACUGGAAGAAGAGGCCGUACGACCGUUUGUUCAUGUACCCACUAUCCUGGGGCACUGUCCCAACUUGAAGGAAUUGAUUCUGUCCGCACGAUGGUUCGCGUUGCAUUCGCCCUCUUUCUCUUUCCUUCAAAGCGACUCUGAUGAUGGAGGAGGUGCCAACGCUCAUACGUCACCACUUCUCAUCCCGCAUCACCUAAAUAUCGAACGAAUUGGCCUCCGCGACACUUCUUGGCGCGCGGAGGGCUACUCUCAAGCGAAUUCCGAGGCGCCAUGUCUCUCAUGCAGCCGCCCUUUGCUCGUGACCCCGCUUACCGAUCCAGGACGAGGCGAUGGUGAAAGGGCUCAACUCACCUUGAGCCAUCGACAUUGCACUGUUGACCGGCAUCUUCGUAUGAUUCUCGGAGGAUUCAAGCCUGUGUCUGCCACCGUGAAGGACCAAGUUCAGCAUAUACCUCCUACCUCAACAGCUAGGCGUCGGGCGCGCCUCGACGAUGUCGCACAAAAGAAACGCUUCCCUUCUCUUGUAUCGAUUCAUUUGCUCGAUAGUCAUCCUGACAUGUUCGAACUAAAGGAUGGGAAAUGCAACUCUUGGCGAACGUGUUGGUGCACCCCACUCGCCGCGCGUACCGAAACCAGUUUCUGGGCUGCUUGGGCUGCCAAGUGCACCGAACGAAACGUCAAGCUUCUUGAUAGACAUGGGAAUCCUGUUCCUAGCUACCCACCCAAUCCGUAUACAAUUGAGGAUAACCUUGAUAGGCGCCCAGUAGCAGACUUGGAUGAAGAGCUCAGGGAUAGUUUGAUGAAGUGUUGCAAUGCUGGUGGCGUGGAAAGUUUGUGGGGUCUGUUGGAUUUCGGUCGAGAUCACCCUACACAUUUGGAAGGUGCUGCUUGUCCGGGCGUCUUAGAAGAAUCUUUAUUUGGAGCGAUAAUAUACGAGCCCAAAGACAAAAUCAAUGACUAG